UCUCUACAGUUAAACACAUCAUUAUCGAUUCAAGCGAUUAAAGAUAUAAUCAGCAAAAGCCACGACAACCAUGAUGACAAUGAGUUAUGUUGCAUUGCAGAAAAUGACGCAAAUCGUGCUCGCGUUGUGGCAGCGGCUAUAAAAGAAGCAUACAAUUGUGCAAAAUCAACAAAAAAUGGCCAUAAUACCAAUAAUCAGGAUUGGGAUGCUGCCUGUAUGAUGAUUAUACAAAACAAGAUAUUAACUUGUUCGGAAAAGAAUACCAUUGUCGCUCUUUUACGUUAUAACAACAACAAUGAUAUAUCAACUGAUGCAUCGUCAGUCACACAAUCAUCAUCUGUAGCAGCGACACCGCCAUAUUAA